UCUCCCAAUGGCUGUGUAAACUUCUGUCUCGAGUCCAUUAUUUUUGUUUGCGCUCGUUGUGUGGUGGCGAUGGAGGAAGCUCCAGCUAUGGCGAUCAGGCGAUCGGACAAGGCGGUGCCGCUGCCUCCGCAGUCCGGAUCGUCCAGGCGGCGGCGCGCUCCUGGCGGCGCUGCUUGGCCUGCAUUCCCGGGAGAAGGAGGAUUAGGGAUAGGUUGCGGCAAGCGCAGCCCUGCGCCAUCGCCAGCAGCGGCGGCGGCGAGUGGUAAUAUCGCCGAUGGCUCGUCUUGUCGAAGUCCCUUCUCUUCGUCGUCCCGAGUAGCAUCUUUUGGAUCGGGAGCUGCCAUGGCUGGAGCUGGAAUCAGGAGGAACAGCAGCGAUUUGGCAGGGGAUAGGGUUAGCAGUGGAUGCGGCGGCAUCAAAUCUCCAGGAAUUGGGAAGAAGAAUAUCUCUUCCUCUUCUUCCUCUUGCUGCGAUUCGUGCCGUCCUUGUUCUUCUUCCUCGCAUCAACACGGCACCAAAGGUAGCGGCAGGAUAGAAUACAGCGAUGUCUUUGGAGGGCCGCCAAAGUACCUCGCAUCGGCUCCCACUGGCAGGAAUGCGGCCAUUCCAGACUAUGAUGACAUCUUCCAGGGAGGAUCCAAACGAAGCAGUAGCAGCAGCAGCAGCAGCACGUCCUUCUCUUUCCAGCAGCAAUCCUCCAAGACGAAAUCCCGCACCACGGAAUUGCCAGUCUUCGAUCUGCCCGUUCCGGAGCGUGACACUGGCGAGGUGUUUAAAGGCUCGAGCGAGGAGCUGCCCAAGGUCCCUGUAGCAGCUGCUUCUCCUCCUCCCGCGGAAGAGAUCGUUUACGACGACGUGUUUGGGGGUCCUCUCACAGGUCCAAGGACGAAACUCUUGAAGGAUUUGCUGCGGUGCUCUGGAUUCGCGGAAGCCAAGAGAAAGCCGGGGGUCAAAACCAAGCUUUCUUCUCAAUCCGACUCCAGCCCGGUCUCGUCCAUCCACUCGAUGUGCCGCGAGCCCCACGGGAACCCAAUCUUCGAGUAUGAAUCAGAGGUAUAUGGAGAUGCCAAACACUUUAACAGUCCACACAAAAGCUCGCUGGGGUCCGUUGAUAAGUCCCCUCAGCAGACAUUUGUGGGUUUGGAAUCCAAUCGUAAGCAGCCUGCCGUAACCAGUGUCUCGGCCACGUCCUCUCCUUUCACAGAGCAAUUUGACGACUCAACAGUGCACUCGUACAGCACGAGGGCCUCCAAAGGUGCGAAAGACCCGGUCGGUGUGCCCAGCUACGAGAAAGUGUACAAGAAUGUUUCGAAAGUGCCCGCUGCCGGAGAUGCUGUGCCCAAGAUGAAAACUUUCGGACGUGAAGUCGACUUGGAAGUUGCCAGCUCCAGUAGCAGUGAGUCUUCCGAGCAGGAGUACCUCAGAAAGGCUUCCACUGCGACGAGGCACACGUAUAAAACUAAUCGAAAACACCGCAGCAGCAAGACAUCAUCGCACAGGAGAUCUUCUAGAACGCGGCGAGAGGCCAGCCAUGUUCCAGGACAGACGUCAGCUUCGAAUGGUCAGAAGAGUUUUGGAAGCGCGCAAGCAACGAGCAGUCCUUUCUGCGAUUCUUCCGCGGCCGAGCAAGACUUCGAUUAUGAGGUUGAGCUGUCAACGGACCCUUCGAUCAAGUGCUUUCCGAGGAAAGCAGCCGACAGCUUCACUUAUGAUGACGGAUUCAGCAAAAAAGAGAAACAGGUGAAUUUCGUUACAGUCAAUCACGUACAGUUGACGACAGAGCCGACUGUUCUACCACCGGCGAGACCCGCGCCAUCUAAGAACGUCGACUUCCUCAGCGAGAAGGAUAUGUCUGACUUCUUGGAAACCGAUGCGUUUAUGGAGUAUUCUAUCAAGGACCUGGAUGGGCUGGUCGCUGAGGAGUAUGUAGUUUCUCAGGGAUCAGUAUCUGAGUCAAGCCCGUCCGUUUCAAACUCGAUCAAGACAUCUCCGUCGGGGCGGUCUUACGAAGAUGAAGACUCCGAUCAUUGUUACGCCAAAGAUGCUGUUAGUCCGGAUCCGGACCCCGAGCCCAAACCGGAGAGAGGGGGAUGUGCAGCGGAGCAAAAAGCUGAAGUUCAGAAAAUAGCAAAAGAUAGUGGCGACCAUGAACAGAUGGCUGUGGAACAGUCAUCUGGUGGAAGUGAGGAGAAGAAACUGGGAACUGGCGCUUUGAAUGUCGGAAGCAGCAAGUCGAGCCUGGAGGAAACAUCAAGCUCCUCAUUGAGUGCCGAAGAACAACCAAAGUGUGUAUCGUCAGGAUCAUCACCAGCAAAUGUAUCGGACGACUUGUCAUCUCUUUGUGGGACAGAGUUCGAGGUGAUUGACGGAGAACAUCCCGAACGCAGGAAGUCUAGAUUGGAACGUCAUCAGCGGGCUGUAGAAAGAGUGGCCAAGGCAUUGGCUGAGAAAAACAACAGAGAUCUGGAGCUUGAGAGGGUUCAAGAAGAGAAACAGAGAGUUGCAGAGCUUCUGAACGACGUCAUUAAAAGAUGGGCCGCUGGCAAACAAGGCAACCUCAGAGCACUUCUUUCAACCCUCCAAUACAUUUUGUGGCCCGAGUGUGGAUGGCAACCAAUAUCAUUGAUCGACAUUAUAGAACCGGCAUCUGUAAGGAAGGCGUACAAGAAGGCUACCUUGUAUGUCCACCCGGACAAGCUUCAGCAAAAGAAUGCCUCGACGGAGCACAAGUACAUCGCAGAGAAAGUAUUCGAUCUCUUACAGGAGGCUUGGACAACUUUCAACCUGGAACAGGCGUUCUAGCUCGCUCGCGUGUGAUCCUUCCUGAUUUAGAGCCCGAGGAGCCGGGGUCAUGGUUCUUAUAACAUGUUAGAAUGUUUUUUUGGGAGAAUUGUAAGAUAUGGAGGUGCCAAAACAUCAAACGAGACGAUAGUGGCACCGGUAAAGCGUGUACAAUGCAUAUGAGCAAUAAAAAGAGUAUCCAGUGAAACGUCAA